CACAGCAAACGAAACUCGACGGAUAGAAAUGCGGACCCUCUUUAUUGGUCCGAGAUUCUCAGUCACUUUACUGGAGCUGAUGUCACUGGUCCUCUUGGCUCAAUUUGUAAAUGUCCUGACACAGAGGACAGAGCCUGGAGUCAGCACUGAGGCUUCAUCCACCAGGUGUACUCUGCUGGGUACGCCACGUUCACCGGCGUUCUCAAAGGAUGGGGAGUUUAUUAUCGGAGGGGUUUCCUCUAUUCAUUACCAGCUUUACACAGUGAUUUAUAAUUACACCACCAAGCCUGAGCCUCCGAGAUGCACAGGGAGCUUCAAUGCCCGGGGGCUGCGCUUCUUCCGCACAAUGAUCUUUGCCAUUGAGGAGAUAAACAACAGCACAGAGCUGCUGCCGGGAAUCAAACUCGGAUAUCGUCUCUUUGAUUCCUGCGUCUCGGUGCCUGUCUCGGUGCAUGUUGCUUUUCAGCUGGCAAACGGUCAGGAUCCUGUGGUUUACGUAGGAGAUAAUUGUUCUCAGUCUGGAGUGGUGGUGGCUGCUGUGGGAGACUCUGGAUCCACUCCAUCCAUCAGCAUGUCACGCAUCAUGGGGCCCUUCAACAUUCCUCUGGUGAGCCACUUUGCCACUUGUGCCUGCCUUUCAGACAAACAACAAUUCCCGACUUUUUUCAGAACAAUUCCCAGUGACCAUUACCAAGCUGACGCGUUGGCCAAACUGGUGAAACACUUUGGUUGGACGUGGAUAGGAGCCGUCCAUUCAGACUCAGAUUAUGGAAAUAAUGGCAUGGCCUCUUUUCUAGAAGCAGCACUCAGAGAGGGGAUCUGUGUGGAGUACAUUGAAUCCUUUUUUAGGACCAACCAACAGAGCAAAAUCAGAAGAGUUGCAGACGUUAUCCGUAGAUCCACAGCAGUGGUUGUGGUGGCAUUUACAGCCUCUGGUGAUAUGAAAGUCCUACUAGAAGAACUGGCUCGGGAUCCUCCUCCACCUCGUCAGUGGAUCGGGAGUGAAUCUUGGGUAACAGAUCCACUCUUGAUGAGCUUCAGUUUCUGUGCGGGAGCCAUUGGAGUUGCCAUUCAGAAGUCUGUCAUCCCAGGUCUGAGAGAUUUCCUCCUGGAUCUCUCUCCCUCUGAAGCGGCUGCCUCCCCACUGCUUACUGAGUUCUGGGAGGAUGCAUUCAACUGCAGCCUGACAACAACUGCUGAUCCAAACAAGCGAGGAUGUGACGGAACUGAAGAUAUUAAAAUGCUAAAAAGCCCGUACACUGACACGUCUCAGUUAAGGAUUUCUAACAUGAUGUACAAGGCUGUUUAUGCAAUAGCACAUGCCAUUCACAGUGCAGUGUGUCAGAUAACAAAUACAGCCAUACACUGUGACAACCACAUCAAAUUGGAGCCAAAACAGGUUUUUAUUGAAUUGAAGAAAGUAAACUUCUCCAAGAAUGGCUAUCAUGUCUCAUUUGAUGCUAAUGGAGACCCUGUGGCUUUUUAUGAGCUGGUGAACUGGCAGAAAAGUGAGAGUGGAGUCAUUGAACUGGUAACAGUGGGAUAUUAUGAUGCAUCACUGCCAAAGGGCCAGGAGUUUCGUAUCAACAGAAACUUAACCUGGUUGGAUGGGAGAAAAGAAGUUCCAGUGUCAGUUUGCUCAGAGAGUUGUCCUCCAGGAACUCGUAAAGUGUUGCAGAAAGGAAAACCAAUCUGCUGCUAUGACUGUAUACCAUGUCCUGAAGGAGAGAUCAGUAAUAUGACAGAUUCUCUCGAGUGUUUCCCAUGCCCCAGAGAGUUCUGGCCAAAUGCAAACAGAGAUGCUUGUUUUCCCAAACCAGUUGAGUUUCUUUCCUAUGGUGAAGUCCUGUCAAUCAUCCUGGCUGCAUUUUCUGUUAGUGGAGCCUUUCUGGCCAUCAUUACGGCAUUAAUUUUCUUCCAUCACAGAACAACUCCAAUUGUCAGAGCCAACAACUCUGAGCUGAGCUUCCUGCUGCUCUUCUCUCUGACUCUGUGUUUCUUAUGUUCACUAACUUUCAUUGGAGCCCCCUCUGAGUGGUCCUGCAUGCUGCGGCACACAGCGUUUGGCAUCACAUUUGUUCUCUGUAUCUCCUGUGUUCUUGGGAAAACUAUAGUGGUUCUAAUGGCCUUUAAAGCUACACUUCCUGGUAGUAAUGCUAUGAAAUGGUUUGGUCCUCCACAGCAAAGAAUGACUGUAUUGUCAAUCACCUUUAUUCAGGUUAUAAUAUGUAUCAUUUGGUUGGUUGUGAGUCCUCCCUUCCCAGUGAAAAAUCUGACCACCUACAAGGAGAAGAUCAUCCUGGAAUGUGCGUUAGGCUCUGCUGUUGGUUUCUGGGCUGUGCUCGGCUACAUCGGCCUGCUGGCUGUGUUUUGCUUUGUGUUAGCUGUUCUAGCUCGGAAACUACCUGAUAAUUUCAACGAAGCCAAGAUGAUAACCUUCAGCAUGUUGAUAUUCUGUGCAGUCUGGAUCACCUUCAUCCCAGCUUAUGUCAGCUCUCCUGGAAAAUUUACUGUGGCUGUGGAGAUAUUUGCUAUUCUGGCCUCCAGUUUUGGACUGAUACUGUGUAUAUUUGCUCCAAAGUGUUUUAUUAUUUUGCUGCGGCCUGAAAAAAACACCAAGAAAAGUUUGAUGAACAAGAAUUGAUGGUCAAUUGCUAGAAGAUUGGUAGAAAAGUGACAAGAAAGUUUAUUAUGAAUACACCUAAACAUUUUGGUCAGAUGUAUUUAAAAAAAACUUUCAUAGUUUAACAUUAGAUAACAAUAUGGAGCAGUCUUUUAAUAAUUUUCUUCUUAUGCUGAUAUUAUGAUUUUGUCAUCUAUAUUUUUUUGCUUUUUUCCCCCCCAAAACUUUAUUUUUCUUUUCCCCUAAAGUAUAUUUGUGGCUAAAUCCAGUUCACUAUUUUAGCACUGUUGCAUUUUCAUAGAUUGUCAAACAUUUCUGAUAAUACACAUACUAAAACUUGAAAAAGUACUUUGCUAUGAACAACUACUGUAUGUGUUCAUGUAUUUUGGGGAAAAAGUUAUCAUUAUUGGAGAUAAGACAAACUUUAUCUUCUGAAUCUUUGCAAUUUGUUUUCUAUUAGUUUUAGCUGUUAAAUAACCCAAUCAUAGCUCUCAAUGCUAUAAAUUAAUUUUGGAGUUUUCUUGAGAUUGACAAUAAAUCAGUUCUAUUAUCAUAUUGUGAUAAUUGCUAGGGGAAAUCUGCUUUUUAUUUUGGCUUCUAAAAUAAAAUAAUAUUCUUUCAAUCUGACUUUUUUCUCUUCAGUUCAGUUUAAUCUUCCACUAUCAUUGUGUUUCAAAAUAGUUAAAUCUUUGUAAUUUUGUGAAGGGUUAUGUGGCAACAUGCAGACUAAUUGUAAUAGUGUACUUUAAUGUCACUUGGAAACCACUUGUUCAUGCUAAAUUAGAAACGACAUUUGACAAAUCAUUUAUUAUCAUUGUUUACUUUGUAACUGUUUUACUAAAAAAAAUAGUGUGAUGAAAACAUAUGAUUACGUUGUUAUAAAUAAACUUUUCUGCAAUCCUGUCAAUAGCUUCUAAAUGUUGUAAAAAACACAAAAAUCAGCUAAUUUGGGAGGAGAUAGAAACGGAUGGAACAGUACAUGAUAAAAACAGAUUUAGUUGGUAUUGAGAUCAAAAUGGACAAACCUGAGCAUUAUACUCAGGUUUGUCCAUAAUAUUUGGGCUUUCAGAUGGAUUAGAAACGACUGAUGUGUAACAUGUGUCUAUAGCAAGUUGAUGAAAUUCUGUUCCUGAUUUUUCUCACCAGUAUAUCCAAUAACAAUGUAUCACACUCUGUCUGUCUGUAUGUGUUCAGAUGAUGUUAUAUUAUUGACUCAGUCAAAAAACGAGUUUGU